AUGACAGUAGCUCUUCGUAAAAACAAUUCUUAUAUAAUGUACGACGUUUAUAAUCAUAGUUAUCGUCACGGAGGAAAAAUUAAUGUAACUUACAUGGGUUCUUGGAAUAAAAAGAAUGGAUUAGAAAUAUCGUUAAAUCAAUAUAAGUAUAAACGACGUGCAGAUUUUCAUGGUCUCUCACUUAAUUUUUCAGUAGCUUACACUUCGACACCAAUACCGGAUUUGGAAACAUAUAUGACAACAUCAGUUAAUCCAGAUCGUGAUUCUUUAAGUCGUUUUCAUUACGCCUUAGUACAACAAUUAAAGGAUAUGUAUAAUUUCACUAUUCACAUGACCAAAGCAAAAACAUGGGGAUACAUAGUAAAUGGCAGUUUUAAUGGAAUAUUAGGAGACAUGUUGAAUGGAAUUGUGGAUAUUAGUGCAGCACCUUUUCUUUACAGUCUGGAAAGAAUAGACGUUUGUGAAUGGACAGUUCAAACUUAUUUCGCCAGACCAGUCCUUAUGUUUCGCCAUCCUAAGAAAAAUGCGAUACACAUUGUGUUUCUAAAACCUUUCUCAAAAGAAGUGUGGUGGGCAAUUAUGAUUUUUGGCAUAAUUUAUUGGACAAUAUUAUUAUGUAUGCUGAAAAUAGAAAUUAAAACUAAGUCUCAAUCUAGAAUGAGAAGUUUGAGAUCCACUCCCAUCCCAGGGGCAGCAUUUAUCGUUUGUGGAGCUCUGACUCAACAGGGAUCGUGUGAAGUUCCUCGUUUCUGUUCUAGUCGCAUUUUGUUUCUUUCUCUGUAUGUUUGGGGUCUUCUUACUUAUCAAUUUUACUCAGCUAGUAUUGUCGGCUCUCUUCUUGCAGAAUCACCUCAUUUCAUCAAUACUGUGCACGAUUUGCUAGCAACCAAUAUGGAAGUUGGUAUUGAAGAUGUUGGGUAUAAUCACAACUUUUUGAGAACACCUCCAGAUGACAGAUGUAGAGCUUUAAAAAAAAGAGUGCAAGAGAAUACAAAAAAAGGGAAGACCACCUUUUUAAACGGCACGGAAGGAAUCCGUAGAAUGCAAAAAGGCGAUUUUGCAUUUCUUGUUGAUGUUGCUACUGCUUACAGAAUUAUAGAGGAAACGUUUGCAGAUAAUGAGAUAUGCGACCUUGUGGAAAUUCAAGCUUAUGAUGCUUCGGAUCUUGGCUUAGUCACAAGCAAGCAUUCUCCUUUCAAGAAAAUGGUUAUCUAUGGCUUGAGACAAACUGUGACAAGUGGUAUAGCAAAACGUCAUCGAACAAUCUGGCAUCAUAGGAAACCGAAUUGUCCACCUGGUCAUAGUUCACUCCCAGCUCCAGUGCAAUUUCCAGAAUUUAGUCCAGCUAUCUUUUUACUACUUGCAGGCCUUAGUUUGUCUUUGAUAACGUUUCUGACAGAAAAAUUGAUAAAACAUUCAUUUCCACACCGACUUGCAAAUCUUAAGGAAUUGGAAAAAGGAAGCCUCUCUUCGAUUUUUGAGUAAUUUGAA